CAAUUUCCACGUGAAGAUAAAUUUGAAUAAAAUGUGUAGUGAAAAACAUUUAAUUGUUGGAUUACUUCUGACCACAUUUCUGGCAUUUGGAUGCCAAGGCUACCCUCAGGGAAAGCCCGAAAGUGAAAUUUCAUGGCCGAAUUUUUGGAUGCAGGUGCAUCGUUUGAAGAACUACUACAACUUCCUGGUGCAAAUGGAAGAGAAUCCUCAGCAACGAAUCCAACGCAGUACAAUUUGUGCUAACAUUUGGGACGAUGGAUGUAUCAAUGGGCAGGUUGUGGGUGCAGGGAGUGACAGUGGCUUCCUCGAAAGUGGCGGAACACCCGGAAAGAGAUUCAUCUCCUGAUCCCACAUCCACUUCACGUGCCACAUGACCCAUCUGUUAGAACUGUGUAAAUGAAAAAAAAAAAAUAAAUAAUUUCCCCUUAGCAGCAUAAAACACAGCAUCCCUCA